AUGAAGAUAUCUGGAAUGCUGCCGAGGGAGACGGCCAGCAGGCUGUUGUCGUUGGUCAAAGGCAGUGCGUCAUACGAUUCCGAGCCUGAUUCGGUGGAUCAGAUGCCAAGCUUCGAGUUCUAUCCUAUGGUUGCUGGCAGAUGGGUGGACGAGGCUGUGAAAAAUGAGUUGGACAAGUUCGCUCAGGCAGUCCUGCUGCCUUACGUGCGCCAUGUUUACACAUGCACCCACUGCACUUUGGCUGACAUCCUGGUUCGAAGGUAUGUGGCAGGGGAGCGUCGCACGCACCAGCUUCACUUUGAUAGCCAUGCCUAUGUCACCGUGGUUCUGGGCCUGAGCUACCCGUCAGAGUUCGAAGGUGGGCUGUACAUCCAGUCCGGCCCCCAUGCCAGUUCCCGUGAGUUCGUGUUUUUGGAGCCAGGGGACGUUUUUGUGCACUCCUUUGACCUGCAGCACGGGGUUCGUUUGUGGAAGGGGACUCGCUACAGCCUCGUCUUUUGGAUAAAGACGUCUUUGCAGGCUGUUGUGGACGGCACGGCGCCGUGGUACGAGGUUGCGGCAGGACGUGGAGAUCCAGAUGCUCUGUUCAACCUGGCAGGGCAGUAUCUUGAGGGUACCUCUGGGCGAGAUGUCAACCCGAAGAAGGCAACUGAACUGUAUGAGCAGGCUGCAGCAAUGGGACAUCUUGGUGCCCAAACACACCUGGGGCUUCUGCUUGCAGAAGCCGAUGGAUCCAAUCUGACAGCAAGUGCAAGAUGGCUUCAAUCGGCUGCAAAGGCAGGGGACGUACUGGGUCAAAAGAGCCUUGCAUUUGCCUAUGCAAAUGGGCAAGGUGUUCAGCAAAACUUGACCCGCUCAGCGAAGUGGAUGGCGCGAGCAGCGGAGCAAGACGAUUUGGAAGCUGCCUACGUCUUAGGAACUAUGUAUUUGCAUGGCCAAGGUGUCAAGCUGAGUCGUCCACAGGCCGAGCGCUGGCUGAGGCAGAGUGCCGAGGCUGGCUAUGCGGAGGCACAGCGGGAGAUGGCACUUUUCGAGAAGGACAAAGCAUCAAAGUCACCUGAGAAAGUGAACUUCACAGCUGUCGCAGCUUGGCUCCAGCUGGCCGCCCGACAGGGCGACAGUGAGGCAAGACACCUCCUAGCUGACUUGUAUUCUCGACAGAACCGACAUUCAGAUGCCCUACAACUCUGGCGGAAGCUGGCUAAACUGGGAGAUGCACAGGCGCAGUGGCAACUUGGCAAAUGCUACGCGGAAGGCAGGGGCACGAAGGCCAUGCCAAAGAAAGCACGGGCUUUGUUUUCAAAGGCUGCUGCUCAGGGCCAUGAGGAAGACAGCCCCAGCUCCUUUGAAGCUUACGAAGCCAUUGAAGAGCUGAAGCGCCUAACUGCCUACCCACCAGAGGGGGUUGAGUGGGCUAACCGCGACCUGGCAAUGCAUUCAACUUUACAAGGGCGCAACGCGACUCGUUACAGCUCGAGGCGUGCUGGGCGAGAGGGCCAGAAGGUGGAUGGGUUGCGCCGAAGCCAGGACAGCCUUCAGGAGGGGGCGCCAAGCGCUCCAUCCAACGAAGAGCUCGAUAGCCUGAGAGAGCAGCUAGAAGAAGCCAAGAAGCAGGCAGACCUUCGGUUCACGGAGGAGGUGCGCAAGGAAGAGAAGAUCAGCAGGUUGGCGAUCGAGCUGGAGCAGCAGACGCUUCGUCUCUCGGAGAUCAGCAAGCAAAAGUUCCAGCUCGAGUACGAGAAGACCAGGACUGAAUCCGAGAUCCUGCCCAUCACUUCUGCCCGGGACCGACUGCAGAACGAGAAAGACGCCCAGGACAAGCUCAUCGAGCAGUUGCGCAAGGAGCAGGAUCAACUCUUCAAUGAGAAGUUCGAGAUGGCGAGGAAGUUGCGGCGAGAAUUGGAGGCUGCACAGGCCGAGGUCAAGUACCACCAAAACGUCGCAGAAGAAGCGCGCGAGGCUCAGUACCACGAACGGAAGCUGAAAGAAGAGCUGCAAGUUCAGCUGAAAGACGAGCGGGAAGACUUUGCGGCCAAGGAGGCUGUGCUUGAGGAAAAUUGCCGCAUCAAGCAGGAGCAGUUGGAUCGCACCACCCGUCAUUGGCAAACUUGCAGAGAACAGCUCGAUGACGCCGUGCGAGGGCUUGAACAGGGAGCUGAGUUUGAAAAGCAAAAGAAUGCCGUUCAAGCGGAGUUGGAGGAGCUUCGCCAGGAAUACGAAAGCUUCAAGCAGGAGCACGAGGACUUCCUGAGGCGGCGGCUGCCGGGGGCCGACACCGGCGAGCUCCCCCGAGGAUUCGAAAGCCUCACUGAGCUGGUCCGCAUUGCCAACACCUCUCGGGAGGAGGCCUUGAAAGAAAGAGCAGCCAGAGAAAAUCUCCAGCAGGUGCUGCAAGAUAUCGAGAAGGAGAUUCGCCAGAGAUACCCUGUGCUCAUGAGUCAAGUACAAGAGCUCCGCGAGCUCCGCAACCAGAAUGCGGAGCUCAAGGAGCAGAACAAGAUCAUUUACGCCAAGGCUCGCGAGUAUGCGAUUUACAAUCGCGAUGCAGAGACUCGCGCUCAGCGGGCCGAGCAAUCGAACAAGAUGGUCGAAGCUCAUGCCCAAGAUCUCACGAAGCAGCUUGCCAUCAUGCUUUAUGAGAAGAACCGGCGAGCGACCAUCAACUUGGCUGGGACCUCACGGACCUGGUUCGCGCUGAACCAGGCGGAGGAAGAAAACGAGUGGCCCAUGACUUCUGUACAGGAAGUUGUCGAGCAGAACGUGUCACUUCGAAAAGCACUGCGCCAAGUAGAGGAACGGUGCCGGCGUGAGGAUGUCCAGGAGAUGGAACGUCUCCAGUCUCGCGAGGAGCAGUUUGAAGAGGAGCUCGAGCAGAAAGGCGAAGAACUCCAGAGUCUCCAAGCACAGCUGCAGGAAGUCAAAGAAACUCUUGAAGAAGCCGCACGCGAUCGCGAUGCUGCGGUGCGCAAGGUGAAGACGCUGGAGGCCGGAGGUGCCAGUGGCCCCUUGGCGGGCAACUCCCAAGCGGUGGGUCAAGGAGCAGCUCCAAGCGGCGCGUCCGCAUCGCCAGAGGCGCUCUCUGAGCGGGAAGCCCUGCGGCUCAAGUGGGAGCGGGAGGAGCUCUCCGACCGCUGCGAGCGCCAAGCUGCGCAGCUCAAAGACCUGGAAGCCAAGGGAGCACAGGCUGUGCGUGAUCUCGCCGUCGGCGAUGCGAAGCUGCAGUUCGAGCGGCAGCGACGCAGCGACUCUGAGGAAGCCUCCAAGCGCUUGGAGGCAGAGCUCAAGGAACUCAAGGAGCGCUUCAGCCAGUCUCGUGCCAGGGUCUUGCAGAUUGAGUACAUCGAGGGCGAGAGCCGUCGACUCGAAGCGGAGAAUCGGAGCCUGAAGGACAAGCUGCAUGCUAUCGAAGCCAACAAGCAGAUCGCGCCACUUCAGGAGGAGCUGCUCGAGCAGACGAAGCAGCGCAAUGUGGACCUGGAAGCAGACCGGAAUCUCCACAAGAGCAAAGCGGAGGAAUGGAAAUCCCUCUAUGACGCCUGCAAGUUCAAGCAAGAGGAUUUCGAAAAAUGGAAUGCACAAGAAGCGGAGCUCAGCGGAAAGAUCGCAGAGCUCGAGGAAACCCUCGGCCAAAAGGAGGCAGAGACGCAAGCCCGCCAGGCGGAGCUGGAGGCCGAGCAGACGCAGCUGAAGGAGGAGCGCGAGAAGAACGAUGCGCUCACGAAGGCGCAAGAGGAUCUGGAAAAAGAUCUCAAAGAGAAGGACCGCCUAUCGCAGGAGGCCGUGGCCCAACAGACCGAGCUGAACAAGAAAGUCACCCAGCUCGAGGAAAAGCUGGAGGAAGAGAGAAAGCAAGCUCAGGCCGUAAGCAAGAUGCGUGAUGACCUGGACAAAGAGAUGAAGGAUCAGGAGAAGCGGCUCAAAGCUAAUGAUAGCUUGAAGCAGCUUCACUCCAAGCGAAUCGAAUUGAUGACUGCUGAGAAGAACAAGCUCACCGAGGAGAACACGAAGCUAAAAGGGGACUUAGCAAAGAGCUUUCCACAGGCCGAAAAGACAAAGCUGAGUGAGGAGAUCUCCAAAUUGAAAACGGAGAUGUCAAAGCGAAUUCCCGAGGCGGAGAAGGUGAAAUUGACGGAAGAGAUCCAAAAGCUAAAGCAAGACGCAGCAAAGCGGCUGCCCGAGGCCGAGAGGACAAAGUUCACCGAGGAGAUCGCAAAGCUGAAGGCGGAGGCGGCAAAGCGACCGUCUGAGGCCGACAAGACCAAGAUGACGGAAGAGAUCUCAAAACUCAAGGUGGAGCUAGGAAAACGGCUUCCGGAGGCGGAGAAGAUCAAGCUGAACGAAGAGGUCGCAAAGCUAAAAGCCGAAGUAGCAAAGCGGCUUCCGGAGGCCGAGAAGACCAAACUCACAGAGGAGAUCAACAAGCUCAAGGCCGAAGCAGGAAAGAAGGUCUCAGAGGCUCCAGCGGCUCCGGAGGCCGAGAAAAGCAAGCUGAGCGAAGAGAUCACUCAGCUGAAGGCCGAGCUCGCCAAGCGACUACCGGAGGCCGAAAAGACCAAACUGAACGAGGAGAUCGCAAAGCUGAAGGCUGAGCUUGGAAAGCGUCCUUCGGAGGCCGAGAAGACAAAGCUAAACGAAGAGAUCGCGAGGCUGAAGGCUGAGCUGAUGAAACGGCUUCCAGAGGCCGAGAAAAGCAAAAUGGUCGAGGAGAUCACAAGGUUGAAAAACGAAGUUGCGAAGAGGUGCAGCCCAGAGGCGCCUUGGGCCUCCUCUGGAAGCUUCUGUGGGGGUUCUUCCGAUUAG